UCCCAGCGGGAGGGUGUUGUCUGAUGCUGCUGGCUUGUGGUCCUGUCCCCGCCCGAACAGGUGACUCGACCCCUCCCCUGGGCAGGUACGCACUGCUGGAGCGCCUGGCCCCAGUGGGCCGCUCUGUGCCCUCCUCCUGGGCUUAUAUUUGGUCCCACUUAGACGCCUCGGCAUGGAGCUCGCAGCUCGACCGCAGCUAUGGAAUUUGACGAGUUGCGCCUGCUGGACGCGCUGGUCUACUUGCAGGGUUUCAUGGCCUGCGUGGUCUUCGUCGCGCUCGAGUUGGUGGGCUCUACCUAUGGCCGCUACUCUUCGCACUGGCACGGCCGCCAACUGCCGGCGCGACCCGCCUGGUUCCUACAGGAGCUGCCCUCGAUGGUCUGGCCGCUGUACGAGUGCCUCCGUCCUGCAGCCGCGCGACUGGUCAAGCUGCCCAACCGGGUUCUGCUGGCUAUGUUUCUGAUCCAUUACGUGCAAAGGACGCUGGUUUUCCCGUUCCUGAUCCGGGGAGGGAAGCCGACACCUCUGUUUAGCUUUGUCGCUGCAGUCCUGUUCUGCACCGUCAACGGCUACAUGCAGAGCAGAUACCUGAGCCAGUUUGCUGUGUACGCUGAAGGCUGGAAGACCCAUCCCUGUUUCCUGAUGGGUUUUGCCUUGUGGUUAGCGGGCAUGGUGAUAAAUAUCCAUUCAGACUACAUCCUGAGGAAUCUGAGAAAACCAGGGGAAACCGGAUACAAAAUACCCAGGGGAGGCUUAUUUGAAUACGUGUCUGCAGCCAACUAUUUUGGGGAGGUGGUGGAGUGGUGUGGCUUUGCCCUGGCCAGCUGGUCCCUCCAGGGCGCAGUGUUUGCUCUCUUCACCUUCUUCGUCUUGUUCACAAGAGCAAAGCAGCAUCAUCAGUGGUACCAUGAGAAGUUUGAAGACUACCCCAAAUCGAGAAAAAUACUAAUUCCAUUUGUGCUUUAGUGUUUUGUCAAUGGCACUGUCUUUCUGAUGAUCUCUCUCUGGGCACUCAUCUAUAAAUGAAUUGUUUUCCUUAAUUUUCCUGCAGCUUCAUCGUUUUUAGGAAGGGCUAUAGAGGGGUUUGUCCCCUGAUAAAGGAGUAAGCCAAGCAUAAACUGAUUCCACCCUGUGCAGUUAGGAGAUAUGCUGCCUUGCAGGUCAUAUAUGGGGAGCAGUGGGAUAUUAUAGCUGAUGAGGCCUCUGGCUUCAAAUGUGCCUCUUUGGAGUUUUGUUUUUGUUUGUUUGCUUGCUUGCUUUUGAGAUAAAGUUUCACAGUGUAUACCAGGCUGGCCCUGAACUCACAGGGUUAUGAGGUCACAAGACCUCUCAUAGAGGGGCGUGUUUGGCACCUCUUCAGUGCCACCGAACCUGGCAGUGCCGCUGUGGCUUCUACAUGGCAAAGGUGGAAGAGGACACAACUGAUUUCACCACCUUUUACAACCCUGCACAGGUUUUAUCCAGGUCAGUAUCAGCCCCCUGCCUCCUCAAGGGACCUGUGUUCUGCCUGCUCAGCCCUUGCCACAGAGGCCUGGAGGUGGGGGAGUGUGGCCGGGGAGUGUCUGCCGCCCUUUGACCCCCCCCCCCCCCCGAUCUGGGAAGAGAAGUGCUCCUACAAACAUGUCCUGUCCCCAGGAGAGAUGGGACUACAAGGCUGUAUCCGCUCACUGGCACUGUGUUUGUUCUUCCUUUGAGCGAGGCAGAACUAGAAUCCUUUCAGGUACUUUUCGAAAGUAUCUUUCUUAAUAUCACAAAACAAAAUGUCAAAACCAAAUUUCUUAUUGUGAAUGCACCCAAGGACCAAUCGUGGCUUAUGAAGAUGGAAAGCUCAGGGCUAGCCUGAGCUGUGUAGGGAGCCCGUUUUGAAAAAAAAAAAAAACUAAAUGAAAAACAAAUAACAAUCGGCUAACAGUUUGAGGAAGUGACCGCAGUAAUAAAAGACACCACUCACCCAGGCAUCAGCUUGGGAGAGAGAGCUCAACCAGGACACUCACCCCCUGUGCUCUGGGGAGUCUGAGGACCACUGGUGAAGAAGGGUCCCCACAGGCCGGAUCAGCACAGCACUGAGAAUGCACCUACCCCUGGCCCACUGUCACCGGGAGCCGGAACUGAAGGAAAUGGCUGUGAUAGGACCGUGUGCGUUCUGUCCCCAGAAAGGAAGCUGCAUGAAGACCUCUGAGCACUUCACAAUGUGCACAUACCACCUAUUGUCUCUACCUGCUCCUCCAACCCCCCUUCCUCAGUGAGGCCCACCUCCUGUGUCCACCCUCCACCUUCCCUGUGCUCUCUCCAGCUGGCCUUCCCCGAAGAGCCUCCUCAGCGCUUUUGCUCUCAUACACAAACUAUCCCUGUGCCUCUAAUUUGCAGAACAUCUAGAACAGAUGCAGAAAACUUCAUGAUGUGGCUGUUUCAUUUUAACCAAACAGUGUUUAAAUGGGGGAACUCACUGUAAGAUCCUUUACCCUCCCCUUUCUGACCAAUAACUGGCUUAUGCAGAUAGAAAGCCCGGGACUAGCCUGGGCUGUGUAGGGAGACCUUGUUUGAAAAAAACUAAAUAAAACAAUAACAGCUAACAGUUUGAGGAAGUGACCUCAGUAUUCAUAACACAAAGCAGGCACAUAGCAGCUCUCCUCUCAGAACCUCAGAGGCUAGGCCUGCCUGGUGUGUUCUGGAAGGUUUACAUGGAACUCAGGUGAGCCCCUGAGGAUGCUUGCUGUGAACUUGACCUCCGUCACAGGGCAUGGUGCUAGCAUGGCACCCAGAACUCCAGGGUUGCUAGGCAGAUGCCUUGUCACUAAGCCACACCACACACUAGCCACGCAAUGCCUCUUUGUUUAUAAAGGACCAAGCCGCCUGAAGGCGGGAUGCGUGCUAAGUGGAAGAUUAAUUAAAAAGGUGUCCUGUCCUAACAUUACACUCCAUUUCCUAAAACUCCAACUUACUGUGUGAACCAUGAUUAUUGAGGAAAUUAAUAAACCUACAGUUGUAAGUCCA